CAAUAUCAGUUAAUUACUUUACUCAAUUAGCCUGUAUAGAAUGAAUCAACAAUAAGAUAACACAAUAAGAGAGGCAGAAGAGAUAAUAGAAUCCACAAGAAAUAUUCUUCAGAUAGAGAUUAAAAUCUAGCUUAUAAUUUCCGAUGAAACCAAUAAAUGAAUCCAGAUCAAUAUCAAGAAGAAUAUACCCAUCGUUUUACAGCAUAAUGGCAUCUGUAUGAGUACAGGGAAGGCAUAUACUAUGAGAGAUAAUCGUAUACUCACUUAAGCUCCAAUCCUCUGUUCUCUCCUAUAUCUUCUUUGGUGUAUCCAUGGUCUUACUUUUGCUAUCUCAAAAUCACCGUCUUUGCUACUCUUCUCCUCCCUAUACCUUCUGCUGCACAAAGAGGCAAUUUUCCUACUACGGAAGCGAACUCUGUUCUACUUUGGACUGAGAAAGGCAAUCCACUUAUUUGGGUCCUUCAUUAGAGAAGCUCAAGUAGGAGUUAGCUUUUGAUACCACAUAUAAUGGCGACUGCUUGCUGUCCCAAUGCAAUGGCGUGUUUCAAACCCCAUCCGGAAGUCAACAUUACGGCUUCAAAGUCCACCAGUGCAGUUUCUUUGCUGAGAAGACAGAAUGUCGUUGCAUUUGGAAAGCAGAUCUUGUUUGGAGGCAGCAGGCUUGUAUCUUCUUCUAGUUUUGGAAAACAAGUUACAGACAUGACCAAUUUUUCUUCUAUGGCUGUUGCUGUAAGGGAAAAAGAAGGCAAUAUCUCUACUUACGCAGAGUCUGAAGAACCGGCCAAAGGUAAAAAAGUUAUGGUUAUAGGAGGAGAUGGGUACUGUGGAUGGGCAACGGCACUCCACCUCUCAAACAAAGGCUACCAAGUUGCCAUUGUUGACAACCUUGUGCGCCGACUCUUUGACCAACAGCUCGGCAUUGAUUCCUUAACACCCAUUGUCUCUAUUCAGAAGAGAAUAAAGAGAUGGAAUCAAAUUUCCGGCAAGCAAGUCGACCUUUUAAUUGGCGACAUCUGUGAUUUUGAUUUUCUGGCAGAAGCGUUCAAAUCUUUUGAACCUGAGGCUGUUGUGCACUUUGGAGAACAGAGGUCAGCUCCAUACUCCAUGAUAGACAGAGGAAGGGCAGUCUAUACGCAGCAUAAUAACGUGAUUGGAACUUUGAAUGUGCUUUUUGCAAUCAAAGAAUUCAGUCCAGAGUGUCAUAUGGUGAAAUUGGGCACCAUGGGGGAAUACGGAACUCCUAAUAUUGAUAUUGAAGAGGGGUACAUUACCAUCAAUCACAAUGGUCGAACUGAUACAUUACCAUAUCCUAAGCAAGCGAGUUCCUUUUAUCAUCUUAGCAAAGUCCAUGAUUCCCAUAACAUUGCUUUCACUUGCAAGGCCUGGGGACUAAAGGCGACGGACCUUAAUCAAGGGGUGGUCUAUGGUGUCAUGACUCCAGAGACUGCAAUGCACGAAGAACUAAUAAAUAGACUAGACUACGAUGGUGUAUUUGGGACAGCACUGAACCGCUUCUGCGUGCAAGCGGCUGUUGGGCAUCCUCUCACAAUCUAUGGAAAGGGUGGUCAGACUCGAGGAUAUCUAGACAUAAGAGAUACAGUGCGAUGUGUUGAACUUGCCAUUGCUAAUCCUGCAAACCCUGGGGAGUUUCGUGUUUUCAAUCAAUUUACUGAGCAGUUUUCAGUGAAUGAUCUGGCAAAAGCUGUUACAAAGGCUGGUGAGAAGCUGGGCCUGGAGAUCAAGGCCAUCAAUGUGCCCAAUCCUCGUGUUGAGGCUGAAGAGCACUACUACAAUGCAAAGCAUACAAAGUUGGUUGAGUUGGGAUUGCAGCCUCAUUUCUUGUCCGAUGGACUACUGGACUCUUUGCUUAAUUUUGCCAUGAAGUAUUCUGAUCGUGUAGACAUGGCACGUAUCAUGCCUGCUGUUUCAUGGAAGAAAAUUGGUGUGAAACCAAGGACAGAUGUUUCAGAAGCCAAGUUAUAGAAUAUCUUCCUUUCUGCAAGUAUGAAAUAUUUGGAACUGCUCCGAUCACAAUAAUAACCUUGCUUGUAUAAAGUUAGGAAGAAAACUGAAAGAUCCAACAUGUAUAGAGGUUAAGUCAUAUUUCUCCAACUAAGUCAUGUACUCACUGACUUUCAAGCUUCAAACUUUUUAAAUGCUUGUGCUUCAAUAAACUGAAAAAUGUAACAUAUGUAGAGGUUUAUAGUCACAUUCUCUCCGACUUAGAUCUUUAUUUUAUAGCAUAUAAAAGUCAUUUUCUCAUUGA